AUGGCAGUUGAGGUGUCUGCAGAAUAUGAUCUGCUGAUCAUAAUCGACGCGACAGCGUCAAUGCACCGGUUCUUAACCGCACUGACCAAAUCCCUUCCAAAAAUCAUCGCCAUAUCAGCCCUCACCAGGUCCUUUUCUCGAAUUGGGGUCCUAGCAUACUGCAGUAGUAAACCUAUCGAGUGGUCGGGGUGGUAUGGUAAAGAUGGGGCAAUUGAUCGUGACACCUUGAUGCAAUUCGCAAAGAGUCUCCAGGCAACCAAGACAGCCUUCGCGUAUGCAUACUCUGUUAUGCGUUCAGAAGCAAAGACAAUCAUCCUGUUCUACACCGAUGCGCCUCUCCACAUGCUCUGGACAAGAGGUUGCAACCCUGAGGGGUGA